AUGCGGUGCGGUGUCUCGCGUUCUUUGACGACGGAUGCGGCCGCGUUUUUGCUCGAGGUCGAAGCAGGCCCCUCUGUUCGUCCAGGGAUUGCCAGGAACCCAGUGCAUACGGCGUCUUUUUCGCGCUACUUUCAGCCACAUAGCUCUCCGCUGGCCGAGCCGGAAUGGCCUGCGCCACUGCAAGCGCUUGCCAACGCACUCGAGCGCCACGACGAAGAUACCUGCUGGAAACUCGUGCAGCAAUACCGCGGGGAAUGGGAAGCACGCGAUACCUUCCCAUACACUCUUUGGCAAUCGCUAUGGCUACUUGUAGCAGAAGGGCCCAGUCCGUUACCCGUUGUUGGGCAAUAUGCACGACUUGAUCGUGUGUGUAAACGUUUGCAUACACUACAAGCGUUUCACGAAUCCUUAUACCCACGACGCACACUGUCUGCCUCUAUGCAACAGCGGUACGUCUAUCUUCUUUUAAAGCGUGCCGAGAGACUCGGGCUUGCGUGCGAUGCUGCGCACGAUCCGGCGUUGCAAACGGCGCUGAAGGAGGAACAGCGCAGUCAAGCGAUCCAAAUUUUGACCGCAUUAUUACACAGUCAUUCGGUCUCGCAUGCCGCGCUCGAUACGCCGUUACUUGGCCGCGCUGUCUUUCGUUUAGCACAUCUCGGUGCUGUGCGCGCGCUACUUUUGCUGCUGAACGCGUACGCAGCGCGCAAGGACCAUUCGACGCAGCCCGGCGCGGCAGUCCAGCCGUUCAGCGCUAUCAUCCAGGCUUGCAUGUAUGAUACGCACCAUGAUAUUGGAAUCGAGGCACUGCGCCUUGCAUUUGCGUUGCGUUUGAACAUGAAAAGCACGCUAGUCCAAAAAUUUCUGUCCUCGCUCGGCGCAGACCAAAUUCACACACUAUAUGCAGCAUGCACAAAUGCAGCAUGCUCUGAAGGACCUAUGCAUCUUGAUGUGCAUGCGUCGCGGCUCACCCUACUUACACGGCUUGCGGCAACGAGGCCAGCGUACUUUGCGCACCGCUGCGCCGUCGUACUGUGCAGGCACGACGACCCGUCCGUCGCAUUGCGUACCCUGCGCGACGAUCCAAACGCACCAUUCGACGUAUAUGGUGCUGUCAUCACUGCUCUCUCCUGGAGGACGCGGAAACGUGCAAAAGGCGCAGCGCAGGCGCUCAUGAUGGCUGUACAGACGCUGGAGUCGUUGCAGGCACACGAGAAUUCUGAAUAUGACACAGAUGAGCAAAUGUACGGCGAGCUAAUUCGCGCAUUCGCGCAUGCACCGCGCCAUGCCGCAAAAGACGCGAUCCCUGCUGAGCUUGCGCAAUUUGCACCGCCCUUAUCCGCGUACGACUGGGAGGCGCUUUUGGGCACAUUUACCGCGCAUGUACUUGCACGUAUGCUGGCGCAGGAUGUACACACGCUCCGAUUUGCUCACCAUGCACUGCUGCUUUCGAUGAACUUGGAAAUGCGGAAUUACAUGCACGCAAAGCGCUUGUACGAGCAAAUUCGCACCCACUUUCCCUCCACGGUGCCCAUUCCGGAGCGCACUGAGCCGCAUUUUCUGUGGCUCUUUGGACAAGCGUGCAAAAACCAAACGCAAGUCUCAUUUGCUGUGCGGCUAUACCAUGACUGGUCGGCAUUUGGACGCAAGUUUUCUCCACGUUCCACAGCUAGCUUGCUGCGUGCGCUCGUCGAUGAGAAGCGGCACGCGGCUGCACAGCAUAUUUUGUCCGACAUCUACGCAUACGAUGCAGAGGCGCGUGCUGUGUAUGCGCCUGCCAUCUUGCGUGUAUACAUGAAUGCCGGUCUUCCUGAGCAGGCGUUCGAGAUUGCACACCGUUUGUACGCGCAGGAUUGUGUCUGGCCGCAGUUCUACGAGCAUGCACAGUUUGAGCCGCCGCCUUUGCGUAUGUACGCAGUGUGUAUCUACGAGGCGAGUCGUUCGCGGCUCAUGGCCUCGGAGACGGCGCGCGCGAAAUUGUUGACGUGGUUUGACGAGUUCCGAUUGGCGCUUGCGCAUACAAUGGCGCAGCCAGAUGCGGAGCAAGACAUGGAAGCGGCAUGCACCAAGGCGUAUCUUGGCGUCGUGCAAAUGCACUUGUAUACACUCGGCAUGGGCACAGGCUCUGGUGCCGAUGUGCCUGCAGUCCCAGCGCACGCUGCGGCGCUUGCGAGUGCAGAUGCAACGCUAGACGAGCUGCAGGACCUGCAAGGCUCUGGCAACACCAUACCACACGAGCUAAACAAGGUACGCAAACUUGUGGCGCGCGCAAGAGAAAAAUACGAAAAAGCACGCGACGUUUGCAAAGAAUACUAG